AUAACUCUGCAAGAAGACGGAAUCUGUGCAAGACGACAUACAUAAUUUAUCAUUUACAUACACAUUUUGAAGAUAUUCAACAAUAUAAAACUUGCCAAAAAACAGAACAAACCCCAGAAUGUCCUCCAUCUCCAUUGCAACUCUUCCCCGCAUGAGUCGAGAUGUUCUCUCGUCCUUGCUCCUUUCGACGAGCACGCCCACCAAACUCGCCAUUAUCGACGUCCGAGACUCUGAUCAUGUAGGCGGCCACAUUUACACGUCUACAUGGGUUCCCAGCUCAACCCUCGACUACCGCAUGCCCGAACUCGUACGCACCCUGAAAGAUAAAGAAAAAGUCGUUUUCCACUGCGCGCUCAGCCAGCAACGAGGUCCGUCUGCAGCUCUGCGUUAUGCCCGCGAGCGAGAGAAUGCUUUGGGCGUCGAGGAAAGCAAAAAGCAGCAAGUAUACGUGCUUGAAGGCGGAUUCGUGCAAUGGCAAGAAAAGUACGGCGCGGAUGAGAGGUUGACAGAGGCGUAUGUGGAGGAUAUCUGGAAGGAGUAUUGAAAUUUUCCUACUCGCGGCUUCCUUUGUCUCUGCACACACUAUGAUGGUUUGAAUGAGCAACGGUUUUUUUUUACAAAGGCAGGAUUUAUGUCUUUAGAUGAUACCCUCGAUAGAAUCGAUUUAUACUACA